GUUACACAAAGAUCUGCGAACCGUGGCGUGCAUACACAUUAUCUGCAAAAACAUAUUACCUAGUUAAUGGACGGUUGGAAUAUUUUCGUAGUAACUCUACCGGACUGUCUAUAUCACUUGGCGUAAACUUUCGACCAGUAUUUAUCUUAGUUGACAAAAUACAAAGAGAGACAUUUUGUGAAAAUCUCUACGUAUAUAGUUUUAAAAAUUCGCAUGAGUGAAAUGAUUUUGAGUUGUUAAACUCAGGACAGUUGAGAGAACAUCGGGGUCUGUUGUGAAACUUGAGGAUUAUUGGAUUAUAAGCGAAGUGGAAUAGCAUGCUGUCUGGUCUGAGUUGCUGAAACGAUGGGAUUUUUAUCGGUUACAAUAUCUUUUCUUGUGGUGAUUUUAAAGGUUCAACAUGGUUUAGCACAAGGUGUUUGUAAUAGUGGACCCUGUCAAAAUGGUGGUACCUGUCUUCUUGUAACCGGUACGUCUGGCUACUCUUGCCUCUGUGCUUCCGGUUACCAGGGAACAAACUGCGAACUUCAAACGGGUCCUUGUGCUAGCUCACCAUGCCAAAAUGGUGGGACAUGCACCAACGGCGUAAGUUCCACUGGUAGUGAAAUCUUUUCAUGCCAGUGCCCAGAUGACUUCACUGGUAUUUUCUGUCAAACGGCGUUCUCCCAGGACCCGUGCCAGGAUGAACCUUGUAAAAAUGGCGGAACUUGCAGUGAAUUUGUUGGGACGUACACUUGCGCAUGCGUAGCUGGAUGGUCAGGUGUCACUUGCGAAGAAGGUGAUGCCUGUGUAAGCAACCCUUGCCAGAAUGGAGGAGUGUGUAAUAGCUUCCAGAAUCCCACGUUUUACACAUGUUCCUGUAUCAAUGGAUGGCAAGGCUCUAACUGCGACUUAAACCAGUGCAGUUCGGACCCCUGUCAAAAUGGAGCGACCUGUACGGACACAAAUGGAGGGUUGGAAUAUGAAUGCACAUGCGCAAUUGGGUGGUUAGGGACGCUGUGUACGAUUGUGGAUCCUUGUAUUAGCUCACCAUGUAUACCUAAUGGAAACUGUAUCUCAUUUGAGAACAGUUUCGCAUGUUCCUGUGAUGCCGGCUGGGAUGGAAUUCGGUGUGAAAUACCUGACCCGUGUGAAACUCAACCGUGUUCUGAGAAUAGCACAUGUCACAACAAUGAUACUAACUUCUCCUGCGAGUGUUUUACCGGCUGGGUCGGUGACCUGUGUUUUGAUGAGGAUCCAUGUGGCAGUAUUCCCUGCCAAAACGGUGGCGUGUGUACAGGAAGCGUCGGGUCUUUCGAGUGUGCAUGCCCUGAUGAAUUCGUUGGAGACACCUGCGAGAUUGAGGACCCAUGUCUAUCUUCCCCUUGUUUGAACAACGCUCUUGGAUGUACCGGUUUCCCGAGUAACUACAUAUGCGACUGUGCAGACGGUUAUGGAGGCGUUAGCUGCGAAUCGGUGACUGACUUCUGUCUGAUUUACGACCCGUGUGCAAAUGGAGCAACUUGUGCGAACGAUUUAGCGCUGAACUUCACAUGCACCUGCACCGGCGAGUGGGUGGGCCAACGUUGCGAUGAAGUGAAUACAUGCCAGGAUCAACCUUGUUUGAAUGGGGGCACAUGUACAGUAGAUGGAUUGAACUACACAUGCUCAUGUGCCUCUGGCUACCUGGGUGAUAAUUGCGAACAUGAAAACCUUUGCAUUCUGAACAACCCUUGCGUGAAUGGAGUAUGUAAUUAUGUUGCUGAUAGCAACUAUACCUGCACAUGUAUUGGUGGAUGGAGGGGAUUUGACUGUGAUAUAGUGGACCUGUGCUUUGACACUCCCUGUAUGAAUGGAGCCACCUGUAUAUACGUAGGAGACUCUGAUUUCAGGUGUGAAUGUACCAGUGGAUGGGUGGGCGACCAAUGUCAACUAGAUGAUGUGUGUCUACCGAACCCAUGUCAGAACCUUGGUAACUGCACCAAUAUUGGUUUGACUGAUUUUGAAUGCUCAUGCGAUUCCGACUGGACUGGAGAUCUUUGUGAGAUAGAAAAUGCAUGUCUAAGCAAUCCCUGUGAGAACGGUGCAUCCUGCAUGCUAACAAACCCAGGUUAUGACUGUACUUGCACAGAUGGUUGGCUGGGUAUCAACUGCAACAUAGAGGAUGCAUGUUCUAGUACCCCAUGCCAAAACCAAGGUACAUGCAGCACAUACUUGGAUAAUGAGCUAAAUGGAACAUCAACCUACAACUGCAGUUGUCUAGCUAAUUUUACUGGCGUUAACUGCCAGAGAGGUGAUGACUGCUUCCUGAAACCAUGUCAAAAUGGCGCCACCUGUAGUCUUCUCAACCCUGUUGGCCAUGAAUGCUUUUGUGUGCCUGGAUUCAUUGGAGAUAAAUGUGAAAUUGAGGACUACUGCUUCAGUGACCCCUGUCAGAACGGUGCUGCAUGUGAUCUCGAGCCAGGUGUUGGGUACACGUGUAAUUGCACAGGAGGUUAUACAGGGACAUUUUGUGGUGAAGAUGACUAUUGCUACAGUGAUCCCUGUCAAAAUGGAGCGACUUGUAACCUGCUCUCCAAUGGUUAUACAUGUACCUGUCCAGAUGGAUACCUAGGGACACACUGUGAAAAUGUUGAUGCGUGUUUUGCCGGACCAUGUUUCAAUGGUGCCACGUGUAACACACUUGAGAAUGACGUCAUUAACGGAAUUACAAAUUACACCUGUACUUGUGUCCCAGGAUUCACAGAAUACAAUUGUGAUAGAGUUGAUGAGUGUUUCACAUCACCUUGCCGCAAUGGAGGAGCCUGCUCAUUGCUUCCUGGAUCAGGAUAUCGAUGUGACUGUCCAGAUCCUUAUAUUGGUGAUGACUGUGAAAUCGAGGAUUUCUGCUUUAGCAAUCCCUGUCAGAAUGAGGCUACUUGUACAUUGCUCAUGAAUGGAGCUGGUUAUGAAUGUGAAUGCACUGUAGAAUACACCGGAACACACUGUGAACUAUUUGACUACUGUUUAUCUGGCCCCUGUGAAAACGGAGGAACUUGUCUGUUGGAUAUGAAUGGAAAUGGAUAUAUGUGUGAUUGUAUAACAAGCUUCAUUGGAGAUUUCUGUGAAAUAGAGGACUUUUGCUUCAGUGACCCUUGUCAAAAUGGUGCUACAUGUGACCUUGCCCCUGAUGGAGCUGGAUAUAACUGCACAUGCCCUCCAGACUACUUUGGAAUACAUUGUGAAAAUUUUGAUUAUUGUUAUAGUGAGCCAUGCCUGAACAAUGCCACAUGUAAUCUCCAAGACAUCAUCAACUAUGAGUGUAUCUGUACCGACAAAUUUGUUGGUCGGAAUUGUGAACAAGAUAACCAUUGCUACAGUGACCCUUGUCAGAAUGGAGGAACUUGUCUUCUCGAAGCGAAUGGCUACCAGUGUGAAUGCCCUCCAAUCUUCCUUGGAGACUUCUGUGAAAUAGAGGAUUUCUGCUAUGAUAUGCCUUGUGCGAACAAUGCUUCUUGUCAACUUACACCAACAGGCUAUGAAUGUAAUUGUACCCUGGGUUUCACCGGCCAACAGUGUGGUCUUGUUGACCAUUGCUUGAGUGAGCCAUGCCAAAACAAUGCAACCUGCCAACUAGGAGGAGUUGGCUACCUAUGCGGAUGUCUGCAGGGAUAUAUCGGGACAAAUUGUGAAGUCGUAAACUAUUGUUUGAACAACCCUUGUCUAAAUGGAGCUACCUGCCAGCUUGGAAAUGAAACAUUUCUGUGUGUUUGUGAAGUUGGAUUUCUAGGAGAGCGAUGUGAAAUAGAGAACUUCUGUUACUCCCAACCUUGCAUGAAUGGUGGAUCAUGUUCACUGGGGUCUAUUGGGUACAACUGCACCUGCCCAUGGCCUUGGGUGGGAGACAACUGUGAAAUACCUAUUCCAUGUGAUAGUAACCCCUGUCAGAAUGAAGGCACCUGUGUUCCUAAUGGAGCCAAGUUCAUCUGUAACUGUAAACCUGGCUUUACAAGUGAUGAUUGCUCGCAAGGAUUUUACAACCCCUGUCUGAGUGACCCUUGCAUGAAUGAAGGAAACUGCACGUUAGUCAACCAGAACACCGCGUUUCAGUGUAUAUGCCAGUCUGGCUGGACCGGGUAUCAGUGCGAGACACCAUUUGUGUUUGAUCCAUGCCUGAGUAAUCCAUGCCUGAAUGGCGCCAACUGCACAAGUUAUCCAUCUUUCUAUUUGUGUCAGUGCCCCCCGUCUCACUAUGGAGUGAAUUGUGAAGUUUUGAGUCCAUGCCACAGUGACCCUUGCCUAAAUGGAGCAACCUGUAACACGAUUGUUGACAGCUUUGCCCAACUCAACUACCGAUGUGACUGCACAACCGGUCUCCUUGGACCCAACUGCAACAUUGUUGAUCCAUGUUACAGUAAUCCAUGCCAGGCAGGAGGUACUUGUGUCAUUAAUAUCAGCAAUCAGGGUCUAUAUUCCUACUCCUGUGGAUGCCCUAUUUAUUAUGAAGGCAUUAACUGUGAAAUCUAUACGUUUGAUCCAUGCGAUAGCAACCCCUGUUAUAAUGGAGGAUCAUGUAAUAAUCUGGGCACUCAUGAUACAUACAUCUGCCAGUGUCUUCCUGGUUUUGAAGGUGACCGUUGCCUAACAGUUUCAAACCAAUGCAGUAGCUCUCCUUGUCAAAACGGUGGGACCUGUAGGAAUUUUGGAGCUUACUACAGCUGUGACUGUCAACUAGGAUUCACUGGUGAUAACUGCGAGCUUGCCAUUAACCCUUGUUCCAGUGGGCCUUGCUUCAAUGGAGGCACGUGUGAGAAGGUAACAGGGGUAUAUGACUACACCUGCACUUGCCCAACUGGAUACGUUGGAAGUCGCUGUGAGAUUUUACUGGACCCUUGUUUUAACAAUCCAUGUGAGAAUAGCGGGGUGUGUAUUGCAAGUCUCACAUCCUAUUCCUACCAGUGUAACUGUCCUGAUGGUUACAGUGGAAAUAAUUGUCAAAUAGUUAACAAUGCAUGUUCCCCGAAUCCUUGUCUUAACGGAGCAACAUGUACAGACUUUGUAACAGUCUAUACCUGUGAGUGUCAACCUGGAUAUACAGGGAAAAAUUGUGAUCAAGAGCUUGAUCCAUGUGUAAGCUCACCAUGUCUGUAUGGCGGAACAUGCUACCGGUUAUCAAAUGUCUAUAGUUACGUCUGCCAAUGUGCCUUGGGAUAUACAGGUCCUAACUGCCAAACACUUUUAGAUCCAUGUGUGAGCGGCCCCUGCCAAAAUGAAGGAACCUGUGUUGCGAGUCAGUCAUCUUAUGUUUAUGCUUGUCUCUGUAAGGAUGGAUUUUCAGGCACGCACUGUGAAACAGAGUUGGAUCCUUGUGCAAGCUCUCCGUGUGUGAAUGGAGGGAACUGUUUUAGAGCUAACAAUGCAUACCAGUAUGUGUGCAAUUGUCCAGUUGGCUAUGAAGGAACCAAUUGCGAAGAAGCUGCACCAUGUAACAGUAACCCAUGUCAGAACAACGCACCGUGUGUGCAAGCCCAGGACGGAAGCCACUUCGUUUGUGUUUGUCCUAAUGAGAGAAUCGUGGGGACAUUCUGUGAGACAGUAUUGGAUCCUUGUGACAGCACUCCAUGUAUAAAUGGUGGGACUUGCUUUCCGUUUGAAACGAGUAACAACUUUAUCUGCAGUUGUCCAGCAGGCUACAGGGGAGAAUUCUGUGAAAUGACUCCUUGUUCAUCUGAACCCUGCCUAAACAAUGGCCUCUGCACAGUGUCAGGUUCAACGUAUAGCUGCCAAUGUGCUUUUGGGUUUAGAGGGUCGAACUGUGAGGAAAUUGAUGCUUGUGCAAAUAGCCCAUGUAUGAACGGUGGCUCGUGUAGUGACUUAGGAUCAGGUUCAUACCAGUGUGAUUGCAUUGGAGACUAUCUAGGAACCAACUGUGAGAUACCCCCUGGAGCAUGUAUUAGUAACCCAUGUGAAAGAGGCCAGUGCUUUUCCCUUCAAAUUGGUUAUUUCUGUGACUGCCCAGAUGGAUACAGCGGUGACAACUGUGAAAUUGCAAAUGAUGCUUGUUCCCCGGAUCCGUGUCAAAACGAAGCUCCUUGUAUCAACCAAAUAACUUACUAUACAUGUGUCUGUCAAGAGGGAUAUAUAGGGGACGACUGUGAGCAAGCGACUGCCUGUGUGACCAGCCCUUGUCUGAAUGGAGGAACCUGCUCCCCUGCAGGAUCUGGUUACACCUGUCAGUGUCCGGAUGCAUUCAUUGGAUCAACCUGCAACGUUGAUAACCCAUGCUACACAUCACCUUGCCAGAAUGGAGGCGUUUGUACAGUGAGUGGCUUUAAUUAUGUGUGUAGCUGUGCAUCAGUAUGGAUUGGACAGACAUGCUCUGAAUAUCAUCCAUGUGGAUCCUCGCCCUGUCUUAAUGGAGGGGCCUGCUACAAUACAGGUGGAACGUACCAAUGUACAUGCCCUAAUGGCUGGACUGGCAGCACUUGUGCACAAGCUGCCCCUUGUUGGUCUUCGCCAUGUCAGAAUGGUGGGAUAUGUUUAACAAUCAAUGACCAGUACAGAUGUGAUUGUCCAGACGAUCACAUUGGUAGCAACUGCCAAACAUAUAACCCAUGUUGGUCCUCACCUUGUUACAAUGGAGGCACUUGUAUCAACCAGGCUAAUACGUUCCGCUGUGAGUGUGCAGCUGGGUUUGCUGGAACUAACUGCUUGGAAGUGGUCAACCCGUGUGCUAUUGCUAAUCCCUGUCAGAAUGGGGGAGCCUGUCGUGUCCUGUCAGGUGGGAUGUACGAAUGCACCUGUCCUACCGGUUUCUUGGGUGCAAACUGUGAGAUAGAAUUGCCUUGUACUAGUAACCCUUGUCGAAACGGAGCGGCCUGUCUGGUAACUUCUGGUCUGGAAUAUACCUGUCAAUGUUUGGAUGGAUACUCGGGCACACAGUGUGAACAAGAUGUUGAUCCUUGUGAUCCAGAUCCCUGUCAAAAUGGUGCACCCUGCAUGGUCCUCAGUGUGACUUCCUACAACUGUGAUUGCCCUGAAGGUUACUUGGGGGUCAAUUGCCAAUUUGAUGAUAUGGAUCCCUGCACACCAAACCUUUGCCAGAACAAUGGGCAGUGUACACCGGGAAAUGGAGAUACUUAUACAUGCCAGUGUCAACCAGGAUACGGUGGAGCUAACUGUCAGCUAAGUGAUUGUGAGCCUAACCCAUGCUUUAACGGCGGAUCUUGUUCUAUUGGCCCGAACGGUGCUCAGUGUACCUGUGCCAAUGGCUGGAAAGGGACUUUCUGCAAUUUGUAUGACUGUGUUGCUGCUGCACCUUGUACAAAUGGAGGAACAUGUAAUGAAGCUGGAUCAUUGUUCUACUGUGCAUGUCCCGAGGAAUUCCAUGGUGCUACCUGUGAAUUUGAAACGACAUGGGGUAUUGACAUGAACGUUGCUGCCAACGAUCCUCAAGUGGUGAACUCCCCAAACUUUCCCAGUACCUACCCACCAAACCUCCAAGUCACCUGGACCGUAACCGCCAUGGAAGGCGAGCUCAUCCAGGGUGUCAUUUCAUCCUUUGACAUGAUUGCUCCAAAUGACUACCUGGACAUCUAUGACACCAACUCGUUGGAAGGCAGGAGGAGGCGGGCGGCGCCAGCAGGAGCCAUCUUGCUCCUUCAUUUGACGGGUCCACAAGCAAGCCUCGCAAAUACCACUUUCGUGUCAACCAGUAAUUCUGUGACCAUGGUCAUGAUCACUGAUUCUGCAGAUGAGGGGAGUGGUUUCUCUUUGGUGUUUACAGCAAUGAACAAUCUAGAUUCCUGCUCUGCGGAACCUUGUGUCAAUGGUGCCACUUGCAAUGUGAUCAAUGCUGAUACUUACAGCUGCGACUGCCCGGAUGGAUUCGUUGGUCAAAAUUGCCAAUAUGCUGAUUGCACACAGAGUGGUUGUUAUCAUGGAGGUGCGUGUAACACACAGUUAUUGGGUGACCCAACGUGUCUGUGUGCGGUUGGAUACACAGGUGUUAUGUGCGAAACUGAAAUUGAUGAAUGUGAGAGCAACCCUUGUCAGAAUGGAGCAACUUGUGAGAACUAUGUUGCAAUCUACCGAUGUGUCUGCCCAGCAAAUUUCACGGGACAACAGUGUGAAUCUCGUAUCACUGGAGCCACAGAAGCUCCACGCACAGGCGGCUUCCAAAUGGAGACCUGGCUGAUCGUCAUCAUCGUCCUGGCGGUCGUCAUCCUCAUCGUAAUCAGUGUCCUGAUCACUGGUCUCUUCUGUAUGAGGCGCUCAAAGACACCCAAACUGUCAGACCGCGAAAACUGGGAAAUGAAAAAUGGCGCCCUCAUCACUCCCAUGGUGGCCCGAGCAAGAACACAACAAAACGGACAUGCACGGACGCAUGAUGACAGUCGAUCUCCACCGCCAACGUAUGGAUCGCUACAAGCUUCACAACGUGCCCGAGCGGUGGCUGAAGGCGCAACGCCGAUUCCUCGGCAAGGUGAAUCAUCAUCACGUCCAGGGUCACGGGCGAUACACUACCAACAUCGUAGUUACAUUGAAAAUGGAAAUGUCCGUAAUGGACAAGUGCUUACGAGUACACCCCAGGCAUCCAAGCCCGGGGGUUCGGGCACCCGUCAUAGUCGCUCCUACAGUCUAGAAGGGGUACAGAACUCUGGAUACUUUGUAGACGAUGCGGAUUACUCCCCAACUCGAAUUGAACAAAGCACGGGGGAUGGUGAUGACUAUAGUAUUUCAAGCGCUGAACUCGAACAAUACAUGGUCAGUAUGGCAAUGAAUAAUACUAGCCAGUAACCAUGACAACAGACUAUAAUGAUAGUGAUUGAUUGACUGAAAGACGUUCCAGCGCAAAUUGGUGUAAUGAUUUGAAUGAUGUGCAUUUGUAAUUGAUGCGGGCAAUCACUUGCAAUUGUUCAAGAUUGUAUGUAUAUAUCGUUGGAAUGGAUAUAAGUUUGCCAAUGUCAUUUAGAUUUCUUUAUGCAACAACAUGUAUCACCUUGAGAUUGACCUUGAAAUUCUUUUUCGAAACUUUUUCUCAUAUUAAAAUUGAAAUUAUUAUAGGGUAUUGGCCCAUUGACAUUUUUAGAAGAGUCAUUGAACAACAUACGUUUUCAACAUUUUUUAUGCAAAUUUUAUAAUUAAUUUUUUUAUUCAUAAGCAUUUUACAAUUGACAAAGUAUCAAAUUGUUUUAUACCAAACAGAAUCUAUUGAAGCUGAGUAUAAAAAGUGGAUCUAUUCAAUAUGCACAUUUCAGCAGACAGUACUUGUGAUUCACUGUAUAAAGUAAAAGAAGAAUUAAAAGCCAACAAAGGAACAAAAUAUUUCUAGCAAAUGUAAUUUACAUAUUGAAAAAUUUACAGUAUCAUAGCCCAACAAAUGAUCUUCCUAUUUAUAGUUACAUUAAACCAGUAUUAUUUACAUAUUUAUUGGAAUGCAUUGUUAUGAUUGAAUAAUACUGAAGAGUAUUAGAUUGGUAAUAUGAUCAAUUAUCUAAUUUUUGCAAACAGAUAUUGUGACUUGACUCACACUCAAAAUACUGAAUAAGUAUUAAGAUUAAUAAAAAAUGGAAGAAAAUGUUUACAAAUCAUAUAAAAUUAAAUCUACACAUUCCUCAUUAUUUUGAAGAAUACCCUUGCAUCUUUUUUUCAAAUGAGGCUUUUCAUAGUUAGUUGAUAUGCAAAUGUGUAUUUUGAUUUCAUACAAAUUCCAUGUUUUUUAUUCGGUUGCCUUUAUCUCUUAGGGGUUUUUCACAACUUUUAUGGCGGGAUAAUUGUUUGAAUGUUUUAUAUUUUUCAGGUGCUAAUACUGACAAGCUGACGUUGAUUUUAGUGCCUCAUUAAGUUGACGUGAAUGAUAUAUUAGAUGAUAUGACAAUUAAUACUUGGCAGCAAAAAUACUUGGCAAAAAUACUUGGCAGCAUUUGGCUGUAAUUUGCCUUUAAUUUUGAAUUAGAAGCACUGAAGAAUUUCCAAUCUGUUUUUAUGUUAAAAAUUAAUAGGUGUUUUUAUGAUUGUCUUUAGUUCAGAAUUUGUGCUUUCGAUUUUUACUAAAUUCUGGAAAUUCAUUCUACUUUGAAUUUCAUAAUUGUGAUUUUGUCUACAGUAACCAGAAUUGUAUGCAGAUUUCGCCCUCUAUUGACUAUCACCACAGAAACCUUGUAAACAUCAACCCCAGAUCUGGUGCGCAUAUAACACACAGCUCAGCAAUUGAUCACACAGUUCAUAUGUAUUGAUACUGAUGAUCGCACAUAAUGAUCAAUGUAAUCAUGCAUUAAAGUCUGCCAUUACAAUUCAGCAAUAAGCUUUGUGUUACCACUGAUACCCUAAUGAGCAUUUCAUAAGACAGUUUGUCAUCUGCUCUCAGCUGUUUUAAGCUACUGCUGUCCUUGCAUCUGAUUGGCUGAGACCAAAUUUAUGAAAUGAAAUCAAUGAGAAAAUGUUUUUGUGAAACCGUGGACACGUAGGUCCAUGGUGAACUAAUCAAAUUGCCCCCACCCUCCUUACCCAGGGUGAAAUUUUCCAAUAUUGUAUUCUUGUAGUAUAUCUAUGCCCACCGAGUUAUUUACAUUCUUAAUGCAAAAGAGCUAAUCUGGUCCCUAGUCACCCUCUUCUCAGAUUGAGACAAGGAACCGGUCAUUUUUGGAGUGGUCUUUGCAUCUUUUUUGAGUGGAUUAUAGCUCCUGUUGGAGUGAAAAUGUUUUAAAAAUAUUGUAUAUGCACAGUUCACUCCAAAAAGGAGCUACAUUGCACUCCAAAAUGACUGGUCCCUUGUCUCACUCUGAGACGAGUGUGAUUACGAACCAGAUUAGCUCUUGCAUUUAGAGCGUAUCUGUCACUCUUUACCAUUUACACUUCCAAUCUUUUAUUUGUAGGUUGUGCUGUACUUAUUGCUAAACUUCACAUGACUUGCUUUAAAAGUGUAUAUAUGUCAAGACUAUUGAUCCAGAAGGUGGCACAUUGACUUAGUUUAGAUGCUAUCCCCUUCCCCUAUUGUCUUUACUUUGACGAGAUGAACUAUCCUCGUAUUGAAAACCCAUUACACGGAUCUUUUAUUGCAAGUAUUUCUCAGAACUUUAUGAACUUAAAAGUCAAAGAUCAUUCAUUUCUUCAUUAUUUCGCUACACGAUACAAAUCAAACAUAAUCAUGCAUUUACAUAAGCAAAAUUCAAGCUGUAUUAAACAGCAAAUGGUCUUCCAAAGAUUGAAUCAAAGGGAAGCAAUUUGCAGUAUACAAGGUAUAUUAUUGUACCAUUUUUAUAUAAGCAUAUAAUAUAUCAUGAGUACUUUUUUUACUUGUUUAUAUUUUAUGAAUUACUAUCAUUAUUAGUAUGCUGUGAUCCAUUUCAACUAUAGUUGAAAUGAUUACUUUGAAUCGUUUCUUGCUUUUAGUGGUGAUGAUAUUUAUCAUCAUUUAAUUUGUACUACUGAGUAGCAAUCAAAAUUCAUAAACUUGUAUAAAAGAAGAGCAAUUAAAUCAUUUAUUCAGUCGGAACUAUUAAAUAUGCCACAAAAUGA